AUGGCAGCUGAGGGGCCCUGCGCCAGCCUCACCCUGGCCCCGGAGGAGCCUCCCGCCAGCCUCACCCUGGCCCCGGAGGAGCCUCCUGCCAGCCCAGAGCAGGAGUUGAGUGACUGCGGCGCGACAGACACCAGCAGCUCCGCAUUCUCCUGUGGGGCCAGCAGCUCCCCCGUGGAGUCUGGCAGCCCUGUCUUUGAAGGCUCCUUCUUUGGAGACACCCCCAGUGCCCAGGUGUCGUGGCCUGAGGAGGAGGAGCAGGAUUUCUGCCCUGAGGAAGACAUCAUCUUGGUGAUCCAGCAGCACCUGCAGGGCAGAGCUGAGGCUCUGCACAACCACUAUUCGCGGAGCCUGGACACCAUCCUCAGGGACCGCCUAACAGAGACCCCCACCGUGGAGAAGCUGCAGCACCUCCUGGAGCACAUCCAUCGCUCUCUCCUGGCAAAGAACACCCAGGAGAGAGCCAGGGCCGUCCAGACCAGCGCGGCCCUGCUCCAGUUUGCCACCUCCCUGCCUGGAUUUGACACCUCCUCCACCUUCUCUAAGGCAGGUGAAUUUGUGCUGCAGCUGGGUCUCUGUGUAACCCAUCCAGCCAGUGACAUCAGUCGGCAAGCCAGGGGUGGGAUCUAUUGGCUGCACAAGCUCCUGCUCCAGAAGAGGGGGCUCAACACCAGCAAGGCAGCAGACCUGUGGUGCCGGGACGGGCUCCAUGACCCCAAGCGCCUGGGAUAUAGAAAUCUGGCUAGGGUGGGAGAGGUCUUUGGAGAAAUAUUCAGCGAAGACCAGAAGAGCAGUUUCCUCCAGGCGGGCCUGCUGGCCAUCCACCACCCCCUCCACCACAUCAGCCAUGCUGGCCUGCUGCUGACCUAUUCCAUCUUGGGGGAAGCCGGCCAGCUGCUAGAGGACGAGGGGGACAUUACAUCCAAAAUCAUGGGACAGCUAUUUAAUAUCAGGGUCUUGGGCCAGGUGCCCGACGCCCUGCAGGGGCUGUGCUCCAUGGGGCAGGAUUGAAGACCCCCCCCCUCGCAUGACCAGCUCGGACCCCCUGCCACAGCCUCUCUCCAGGCCCUCCACCCACCCGCUGCACAGCAUUGCCUCCUUCUCCUCCUGAUCUUCCCCAACCCCUCCGAUUUCGACUACAUGGCUUCAACCUUUGCGUGGAUAUGGACUUUGGCUCGUACUUCUGACCACCCGGCUUCGACCUCCGGCCUGGACAUGGACACUGGCUCUGGUUCUGCCUGCACAUACUCAACACCUGGCAGCAGUAGACAGGCCCCACCAUUAAUCAAACCCUAACCCUGCCCCAUGACUCCUUAGUCCCUCCCACCUGUCACCGGAAGUCCCACCCCAUGGGGUAUUACUUCGUGGUCAAGGCAGCCACAUGACUGGAAGCCAGGUGUGUCAUGUGACCCCUCUAAGAACUCCUCCCACCACCUUCUACCAAUCAGGAUGG